GCGCAAACCGGCAGCCAAAUUUGUUUGAUUGACAAUUUUUGCAUAAUGUUGCAUGUAGAAAAUGGAUUUAAUGUUGCCAGUAGAAAAUAAAUUCUUGAAUUUUAUUUUAUUUCUGGCUAAUUGAUAAUAAACAUUAAAUUUUAGUAAUUGCUUCAAUAUGCAACUCAAAAUUUUUAUUAUUUAUUUUUUUAUUUUAGCUGAAAAAAAAGAUAGGGUAAGAGUAGAACCAAUAAAAGAUGUGAUAGCGCCCUCUUACACACCUAAGCAUAACUACUACGCAAUCGCGCAUCAUCGUCAUUACAAAUAACGCCAUCUAUAUUUCAGUUUCUUUAAUAUCUUACAUUAUAAUACUACCAAAUUAAAAUGACACUUCCAUGUAAGGACCUCAAUGUAUUUACUGUCUCACUUCAUUUUGCAGACCUAUAAUGAUACGUUUUCUCGUUUGCCACUAUUAAGAUUGUCACCCCUGGAGUGAACUGUCACCGCGAACGUCAGUUCAAUAUAUUUGUUGUUUUGUGAAAUAUUUAUAAUGAAGUGUGCCGUAGACGGAUGCAAGAAUUGUUCGGGUACACAAUCUAAAAGUGUUGAUGGUAUAACGUUUCAUGUGUUCCCAGUUAAUACAGAAAUAAGAAAGUUGUGGUUACAAAAUUUAAAGAAACCUAAUUGGUCGCCAACGAUUUACUCGAAAAUAUGUUCGAUACAUUUUGAUCCAAAUGACUUUUACCACACGAAAAGUGGUUUUAAGAAGCUGCGACAAGGAUCGAUACCCAAGUUAAAUUUGGAAAACAAGCCUGUCAAAAGGGUUAGGAAAAAGGACACGAAUACUCCCAAGAAAUUUCCACAUCGUGUACCAAAAUCAAAGCAGUCACAGCCAUUACACGUAGCGUCGAAACACGCACGCAACGGGAACAAAAAAGCUCAGAAAUGUCCAAAGUGUCACGCGGUGCUCCCGACAGGAACUGCGCCUGAGUCAAACGAGCAAGUGAGAUCAGUGAUAGCGAGGGUAUAUCACUUCUUGGAGCGCGAGUACGAACAGUUGAAGAGCUUGCACCCGGAGACGGACUGGUCUCCGCUGAGCAGGGUCAGGCAGCGCGCGGCCGUCGCCACCGGCGUCUCGGAGCCCGACGUGCUUCAAAUACUUAGCGAAGAGUCUGACAUCGCCGCUGACCAACACCCACCCACCAAACGACAUAGAACUGACCACCAGAGUUCAUCUGACGAUGAUGAUGAUGAUAAUGAUGAGAAUGACGAGGACGAUGAUGAUGAUGAUGAUGAUGGAACUAUCAAUAAUGAUGAGGACAGUGAGAAACAAGCUGUGACUUAUCCGAAGGAGUCAUUAUACAUCGAUGUCGCACUGAUGAUGGAAGCCACUCAAAUGGUUGAAUUUGAAUCGGAAAUGGUUAAUAUUAAACAAGAGCCGGAGUAUUCAACGGAUAAAACGUACACGGUACCGGUGACUGUGUGUAUACCGAAACUAGAGCCGCCAGAUGAACGUCAUAGUCAAAAUAACAGUGUAAACAGCUCUGCUGUGGAGGCGUGCCGCGAUGACAUAGUGCGACGAGACAAACAGACAACUAUAUCUCAACCAGCACCACAUGUGCACACUCGGGACCCGCUGAUGAUAGAAGUGAAACUGGAGGAAAUAACUAUAGAACAUGAGGGGAUCAGUUAAUAUAGCUUUACUUAGAAUCACCUUCAAAUGUUAAAGAUUCAUAAUGAUACUAGAAUUCUUUUGAGUAGACAUUUACAGCCUUACUACAAAAACUUAAACAUCUGAUCAACACUUGUCUGAAAGAAGUGUGGCUGCAAAACGGACCUUAUUUCAACGUCAUAAUCUGUCAUUUUUUAGACAAGUAUUCAACAGGCGUUUAAAAGUUUUUGUGGUAAGACGGAUAGUUUUUAAAAUUGUAAUGAAGGAACAUACGUUUGUUGUACUAUUUCUUAGUUUUUUUAAAAGGAUAAAGUUACAAAUAUGUACAUUCUUUUAAAAUAAAAAUAUCUAAAACUUUUA